UACUCAAUUGUCCCUAUUUCAAAACCUCGCCAUAAUUAAUCAAAGUUCUGUCAUAAUGUUUAUAAUGCGCUAUUUCGUAAACAAGACAGACAGAGAGCAAAUUUUCCACAGUGCUUAUUAUUUUAGCGAUCGCUGUGUGUGUUGUCGUUUUAUUUUUCUCGCUAUUACUUAAGCUUUCCCAAUUCCCAUUACCAAUAAUCUAAAAUUCGUUGUCGCUUGCAUUCUCCCUUUUCUUUCUCAAUUGCUAUAGACUAACGUCAAUGGUAACCAUUUCUCCCCAAUUUUUUCUCCCCAAUUUUUCUUCUCAAAUCUUCUCUUCAUAUGUAGUAGUUUAUCUUCGUUGUCGCUGCGCGUCAACGUUAUUAUUUCUAUUUAACGGCUGCCCAAGCAAACACAGCGUAGUCAACAGAUACCCCUCAAUAGGGCGGCAAUAGCAGUACUGACUUCCCAUUCAUUUUUUAUCUUUUUAUUGGUGAAGGUCCCAUUCUAGUCUUAAAUUCGGAUUGUUAGAACUCCCUUCAGAUAUAAUAUCUACUUUUUUAACAUUUUAAUUUUCGUUUCUUUUUUAUCUGUUAAAAGUUUGAUUUGAUUUCUUUGAUUUUUAUCCUCUUAAGAAUUAAACAACUUCUGACUGAAAUAACCCCUUUCUCAAAUGUUUCUCUCUUAGCGGUAGCCCAAGCAAUAAUGUGUGGUGCCCCUAUAGUCAUGCUCCUCUCAUUCAGCCAAAGCCCAGCCAACGAACCUUUUAUUUUCUUCUCCACAGCCAACCAACUCCCCCCUUAUUUUCUCCCCAAACAACGACGGCAGCAGCGGUCUCCCAACCAUUUUCUCCCUUCACAUUUUUCUUCACCACCUUAACUUUUACUUCUUUCCUAUAUAAAAUUUUUUUUCAAAAGCUUCGUUUAAGGCAUUAAAAUAUUUUUUUGUUGAUUUAAAUUUGUCAAUUUUUGAAAUAAUUUUUCUUAUUUUUUAGCAAGUAAACUUUAAUUUUCUUCAAAAGCUAAUAAAAAGUGAAAAUGCCGAAAGCAUCGAAAAAGACCAAGGAUCCCAACAUGCCGAAGCGCGCUCAAUCCGCUUACUUCAUUUGGAUGCAAGAGAACAGAGAGCGCAUCAAGAAGCCGGGGAUGAGUGUCGCUGAUGUCGCAAAGGCUGCUGGUGUGGAAUGGGGCAAGUUGUCUGCUUCCGAGAAAUCCGUUUGGGAGAAGAAGGCUGCUGAUGACAAGAAGCGGUAUGAGGCUGAUAUGGAGGUCUAUCGUUCGCGACAAGGCAAAUGAAGCAACGGAUGAAGGAAGGAGAUAAUCCCGAUACACACUCCACAAAAUAAAAAAAUUUAAUUAUGUAACAGACUCCCCCAAAUAUCAUCUUUCUCGUUUAUUCUCUUUAUGAUUUCGAUAAAAAAAACUUAUUUACACACAUAAAAAGAAAUGCGAUUUUGUUUAAAUAAAUUGUAGACUUGAAAUUUGAUUUUUUAAUGUUAGUGGUUCUUUGCCAUAUAUUUUAUACGGAAAGGUGGAUGUUUUUUGCUUGGAACUGUGGGAACUUAAAUGCCCCAAGAGGGGGUGCUUAUCUCACCAAAGGGGAAAUUGUGGGUUGGGACUCUAUUCUAGCUUUCAUCUUCGUGUCAGCGUCAUUUCUUUCUGGUAGUUUCGACUAGGAGUAUGAUUGGUGAGUUAGGCUGAUCUUGAGCGUUUCGGACGAGGGUGCUGGAGGUUCACCAAGAGCUGGAAGGCACCUUUGCUAGUAACUCCUCAUUCCUCAGGCAUUAUCUUUAGGAAAUUGCAGAGAAUUCCU